CCAUUAUCACUCAUUUCAAGCUUUCUCUCCCUCCAACAAUGGCGGCAAAACUAAAACCAAACCCUACAGCUUCCUUCUUCUUCUUCUUCAACCUCCUCCUCCACCACUGCGCCGCCCACCCCGACGCCACCCCUCUCCUCACCUUCAAAUCCACCGCCGACCCCUCCAACUCCCUCCUCACCUCCUGGAACUCCUCCUCCGACCCAUGCACCUCCUGGCUCGGCGUCUCCUGCCUCCACAACCGCGUCGCCCACUUAAUCCUCGAAAACUCCACCCUCCAAGACCCCCUCCCCCCCUCCCUCGCCUCCCUCACCCACCUCCGCGUCCUCAGCCUCAAGCAAAACCGCUUCACCGCUCCAAUUCCCGACCUCUCCAACCUCACCUCCUUAAAUCUCCUCUUCCUCUCCGAAAACCGCUUCUCCGGCGAGUUUCCGCCCUCGCUAAUUUCACUCUCCAACCUCUACCGCCUCGAUCUCUCCCGCAACCGCUUCUCCGGCGAAAUCCCCCUCUCCGCCAACCGCCUCACGCAUUUGCUUACCCUCCGCCUCGAGGAGAACUCCUUCUCCGGCGCAAUUCCCGAUUUACACUUGCCGAAUUUGCAGGAAUUCAAUGUUUCGGGGAAUAAUCUCACCGGAGCUAUACCUAGCUCGUUUUCUAAAUUUCCUGCGUCGUCGUUUUGGGGGAAUCCGGCAUUGUGCGGGCCGCCGCUGGAGAAAUGUGGUGCAAUUGCGUCGCCGGUGAGCCCUAAAACGACGGUCUCCUCCUCUCCGACUGCAAUUCCGGUGGAGACUAAUCCUAAUUCACCAGCGAAAGCGAAGCACAAGGGUAAAUUUAGCAACAUUGCUAUAAUUGGUAUUAUAAUUGGGGAUUUAUUUGUUCUAGGGUUAGUUUCUCUGCUUUUAUAUUGCUAUUUCUGGAGGAACUAUUCGAGUAUGCUGAAUUCGGAGAAGAGCAGUGUGCAAGCGGAGAAAAUCGUGUAUUCGUCGAGCCCGUACCCGAACCCGGCCCAGUCGGAGAGGGGGAAGAUGGUGUUCUUCGACGGGGAGAGGAGGUUCGAGCUCGAGGACUUGCUGAGGGCGUCGGCCGAGAUGCUGGGGAAGGGCGGGUUUGGGACGGCCUACAAGGCGAUUUUGGACGACGGGAAUGUGGUGGCGGUGAAGAGGUUGAAGGAUUUGAAUGUGGCCGGGAAGCGGGAAUUUGAGCAGCAGAUGGAGGUGUUGGGGCGGCUCCGCCACCCGAAUUUGAUCGGGUUGAAGGCGUACUACUUCGCUCGGGAUGAGAAGCUGUUGGUUCAUGAGUUCAUGCCUAAUGGGAACUUGUUUUGGCUACUUCAUGGUAACCGAGGCCCGGGUAGGACUCCGUUGGACUGGACCACGAGGUUAAAGAUCGCAGCAGGAGUAGCACGGGGGCUAGCCUUCAUCCACAGCUCGGGGGCCCUCCUUAAGCUCGUGCACGGCAACAUCAAGUCCACGAACGUCCUCAUCGACAAGCUAGGCAACGCCAAGCUAUCCGACUACGGCCUCUCGGUCUUCGCAUCGCCCUCGUCCGCCCCUAAAUCCAGCGGCUACCGCGCCCCGGAGGCAGCUCUGGACGGCCGGAAGCUGACCUCGAAAUCCGAUGUCUACUCGUUCGGGGUCCUACUGCUGGAGCUCCUGACCGGGAAAUGCCCCUCGGUGGUCGACAGCGGCGGGCCGGGGAUCGGGUACAGUGGGGUCGUCGAUCUGCCGAGGUGGGUGCAGUCUGUGGUGAGGGAGGAGUGGACGGCCGAGGUGUUCGACCUGGAGCUCAUGCGGUACAGGGAUAUCGAGGAGGAGAUGGUGGGGCUGCUGCAGAUCGCGAUGGCGUGCACGCAGGCGGCGCCGGAACAGAGGCCGAAGAUGAGCUAUGUGGUGAAGAUGAUAGAGGAGUUGAGAGGGGUGGAGGUGUCGGCAUCGGACGACGCGCUUGAGUCGGUGUCGGAGUCGCCGUCGGCGUCGGAGGAUAUCUGCAGAGCUAGUGAAUGAUGGGUGGUUGUGGUGGCCGAUGUUAGAUUGAAUUCAGAUUUAGAUUUGUUGGUUUCUUUAGAUUAAGUUUUGUAGGAGUAUAUCAGAGUACUUGUUUUGAGUAGGAUGAGUAUGUUAAAUUCGGUUAGUGUAAUAUGCCUUGCAAUCCAAAUUUAUUUCGCACUACGGUACUAGUAUAA